UACAUAUGUACUUACAUACAUACUUAUAUUAAUAAUAAUUUUAUUUGUGUUCGUCUAAUUGUUUACCUUCGUACCGUAUGUGGCCAUAUUUGUUAAGGAACCAUUAGCAAUUCUUGUGAAAGUAUGUAUGUACCACGCCCACGCCUCGAUUUAAAAUCGAAAUAACGAAAGUACUAAAACAAGGUACGAUAAACGAUAACAAAGGAAAUAGCUAAAUUCUUGUCCUAUCACUACAAAAACAAAUUAAAAAUAAAUAGAAAUAACCAAAAAAAAUAACAACAAACCGUAUAACCGCCAUUACACCAAUACAUAUUGUCAUCAAAACUUCAACGUACAAAUUUGACGUUGUUGUUAUUAUAUUCUGCUGAUUUGCUGCGUUAAAUUGUAAAAACGAAUGAUAUUUAAUGAUGCUUUUGCCUUCGGGGCGUUCAAAUAGCGAUGUACAUCCAGUAAAUAAUACAAAAAAUUGUCAAUUUUCGACCAGAACAUCAUCACCACAGUUGACCAUAAAUUCUGGUAAUAAAACGGAAAAUGGCGGCUAUGCAUUAUCGGCAUCCACACCAUCAUCAACAUCAACAGCAGCUACAUUGGCUUCAGCAGCAUCCGAACCAUAUACAAAUUCAGCUUCUGCUCCUAAUUCAACAUUAUCAACCCCACCUUCGAACCAUCAAUCACACACAAUUCAAAUGCCCAACAACGGAACAGUUACCGCAUCAGGAAACGUGCUACUGUCGAAUUCCCCCGGAAGUCAGAGUGAAACCGGAACUACAACAGCAGGACGUUAUACAAAUGGCCAAAAAGUUACAUUUAUGGCUAAUGGUAAUAUUAGCUCAAGUACAGGUGCCUUGACUACGAUGACUUCAUCGUCUCCCGGAAAUUGGGAAGAUAUUGAUCAACAUUUGGAUGCGAUACAAACUAAAUUGAAAGAAGGUUGGACUGCACAUUUGGGCAAAGAAGGACGUCUCUAUUACUGCAAUCAUACCACACAAACGUCAGGAUGGUUGCCAUCCUGUGAAGACUGGAGCAAACAGGAGGAGUUGCCGUAUGGGUGGGAAAGAGCUAUAGAUUCGAAAGGACGUUCUUAUUUUAUCAACCACCUAAAUAAAACUUCAACAUAUGAGGCGCCCGAAUGUGUAAAGUGGGAUGAAAAUCCUCCAGAACCUAGAGUUGUGGUCUUACAGCGUAGUUCUACAAUGGGGUUUGGUUUUGUUGCCGGCAGUGAGAGGCCGGUAAUCGUUCGAUUUGUUACUGAAGAUGGACCAAGCAUGAAUAAACUGCAGCCAGGUGAUCAGAUUUUAGCUGUAAACGGUGAAGAUGUGAAGGAUGCUCCGAGAGAUCGUGUAAUACAGUUGGUAAGAGCCUGUGAGACACAAGUGACUUUGUUGGUAUGCCAACCUGCACACAAUAUAAUACCGGGACGUAAAUCGACCCUGUUGUCGGCGGGAAAACGCGCUAAACUAAAAACUCGACCUAGUCGAGUACGUUUUGCCGAAAGUGUUUGCGUUAAUGGAGCUCCAUUGUUUCCGCCUUCAGCCUUUUCUCUGGGAGAUAUAUGUGUACCACCUAUGGCGAAUGUUUUGAAAGUCUUUUUAGAAAAUGGUCAAACGAAAUCCUUUAAAUAUGAUGCAACUACAACUGUGCAGGAUGUGGUUACCUCAUUAUUGGACAAACUAUGUUUUAUAUCUGGUGAAAUAUUUAGUCUUGUAUUGGAACAUGUCAAAAGCCUCAGACGCAAUAAGCUGACAUUACUGGAUCCGGAAGAAUCAUUAGCAAAAAUUGCUUCUCGUCCUGGGGCUCAUAAAUUGCGUUGCCUGUUUCGGGUAACUUUCGUGCCUAUUUCCGCAGCUGAGUUGGCUCAAAGGGAUCUGAAUGCUUUGGACUAUUUGUAUCUACAAUGUUGCAAUGAUGUGACACAAGAACGUUUUGCUCCCGAGCUCCAACCAGAUGUUGCUUUGCGUUUAGCUGCUUUACACAUGCAUCAACAUGCCUUGGCCAAUAGUGUUCCAGCGUCGAAGUUAACUGUCAAGGUAGUUGAACGCGAAUUCGGUUUGGAGCGUUUCGUGCCUGCCUCACUUUUCGAGGGUAUGAAACGCAAAGAGUUGAGACGAUUAAUUUCACAUUUUUUGAAAAUGAAUGCCGAGAUGACAGGUUCAUCAACUAAAGUUUUAACACAAUUACAGGCUAAAUUACAUUAUUUGGAUAUUAUUGCUAGUUUACCUAGUUAUGGAGCUAAAUGCUUUAGUACCAACCAAAGAGAGGGUGUUGAAAGAGUUCUUUUAGUAAGCCCAAGAUUUGGCUUAAGUCAAAUAUCAAGUGCCAGAAAUUCAGUGCCCCAACCAAUAUCAGCAAUAGAAGAUUUUAGUCACAUCAUUGUUCAGAGGGAAGAUGACAUCACAUGUAGUGUUACUAUUUUUAUGCAGGGUGAUCGUUCUGUAAAAUUUUUUAUGGAGGAUCGAGAUGCAUGUGAGUUCUCACUGUGCUUGGGCGGUUACUACAGGUUAUUGACGGACAAAAUCCUCCCAGUCUCACGAGAACGAGAGCCAAUUGAUGAGGACAAUGCACCAUCAUAUCUUGCUCAACAUACAGUGUUACCAGCAUUUUGGAGUUAUCUAUUACCGUUUCACAAUAGAGCUCAUAGUAUAAAUUUCCUUAUGCCUACGCCAUACCAUCCCAGCAAAUUUAAAUCACAGCACAGUGGUGAAACAAGUCAUCAACAGGAGCAAGCCGACAGUAAUACAAACAAAACUCUAAUUAUAUCAGAAUGUUCUCAUCUACAUUCAAAUUUGCCUUUGCUCUCUUCAACAGCCAUGGACUUGGAUAUUCACAGUGUCAUGGCAACUGAACUUUUAGAGGAAGCCAAAGAUUCAGGAAUGAGUGAUAGCAGCGGUGGUGGUAGCAAUUGUGGAGAUCGAGCUAAUAACAACUUAAGCAAUUCUGCUAAAAUGGAAGCCAAAAAUGAGGAAGUUUUUAGGCGGGUGCAGGAAAUGCAAAAGAUGGUUGAAAACUCUGAACAGUAUUUGAAUGAGCAAGGAGAGCUAGUUCAGGACUUUAGAUUGACAAACACUAAUUUAUCUUAUAGUUCAGCUGUGGUGUCAUGGCAAAGUCCGACAAGUGCUUUGACUUCUUCGAAUGUAAACUCCAGCGGAGUUAUUGAAUUUGACAGUGAUUGCGAUAGCCUCAAUAGCAGUAAGCUAUCUUCUAAUGAAGAAACUCCCCAGCAAGGUUCUUUGAAGCAUAGUGACUCAUUGGUUUUAUUGGCAGAAACAAUAAAUCAUGAUUUAAGUGGUAUUACUCAAAGUUUAAAUUCCAUUGGGGAGAAUGCAUUUGAGGUAAGGCGGAAGAAACCCACACUCGUAGAUACAUCAAGUCCCAGGCCAGAACGAAAAGUCAACGGUUUCAGCCAACUUCUAAGUAACUUACAAGCAUUAGGUACUGAUUUUUCACAAAGUGAAAGUGAUUCAGAAUCAAUAGCAUCGCCCACAAACUCCCCCACUGCUCGAAGGCCUUCAUUGCUAAACACAAAUGAUAAAUCUAGUCGAAAACAGAAUCUAGCAUACCGCUCUAGUUUUGGUCUUCACAGCCCCGACAGUAGUAAUUUCGGUAUGGAAACAAAGGACUAUAAUCUCAAAGAAUAUCUGAAACAGCUGAAGGAAAUAAGUAAUGUUGAUAACUUGAAUCAGGAUACAGAUGUAGCGGCAAAGAAAUUAUCAGAAAUAUAUGGUUUUGAAAUACGUGAAGACACUUUCAUUGAAACUGAUACCGAUUUAAUAGAUUUACGUGCCAUACCGCCCCCACAAACACCAGAUGAGUUGGAUGCUCUGUCAUUACUUAAUGCACCGCCCAAAGGAUUCGGGGAUUUAACAAAGAAAGCUUUUAACGAUAUGGGUCAAGAGCAUGAUUUAGACAAGUUUUUGGAAAAAGUGGUUGUAGCGCCGCCUACACAGAAAGCAACCCCCGCAAAAGAAUUAACACCCGAGGAGAUAAUGUCGUUUAUAAUACCUCCACCUCCUAACUUAGAUGAGGUUGACAGUAUCACACAUAAAGAGGAAGCUGAGUUUGUAGAGAGUUUGUACAGCAAUUCGUCUACGACUAACAGAAAUGCUAAGCCACCAUUGGCACCCAAACCCAAUGAUGAUUCAAAAAAGCUUGAAAUUAAAAGCCACAUUAUUGAGUAUGCAACCGUAGAAAGAAAAAGUAAAUUUUCUUGCUGUCCCAAGUCGAAAAAGGAAGAAACCACCGACACAUGUGAAGAGAUAUUAGAAACUCUUAAACCGCCUCCUAGAUUACAACCCUCAGAACAAACAGUGCCUGUUAGACCACCAAAGAGUGCCGAACUAAUACAGCGUUAUUCGCCCAAAAAACAAAACUUAAACUCUUCACCCUUUCCGCAAAGGAAUGGUUUGCAGUCAGAUGUUUUCGAAAGUAAUCCGCCAGUGCUGCCACCACGAACAUCAUUCAGUACUAGUCCACGUGCGGUUUCUCAGGAGGAACGUCAAAAUAUAACGUAUACGGUGAGUCCGUCAGCCCCAAAGAAACCUCCACUACCUCCAAUAACUGCGAGACCAAUGAUAAGAAAAAGUCCUUUACCUAUGAACUAUCCCGCAGCAAUUGAAGUCUCAUCAGCACCACCCACGCAGCCACGAGUGUUUCCAUCAUCCAAUAGCUCGGCUGUACGUAGCCCAAUAUUAACACCACAAUCACAACCUUCACCAUCAAUACCCAUGCAAGAACAGAUCAAUCAGCAUUCCGUUUCAAGUAAUCGGGAAUACCGAGAUCAACGAUAUCCACCACCUCCUUAUCCACUAUUAUGUUCUCCCCAAAUGCAAAGAAAAAUCCACAACACCAGCCCAAUCAGCCAAAGUCAUAUGAAUACAAAUUCAGCAAGAGGUUUCACCAUCACCGGCAAUAAAUUGAUUAUUAAAAAUGGCCAUAUCAUAGAUCCAGAAGCUCUGUUGGCAAAAACCGAUGUGGCUAUGGCUGGUUUACUAGUCAAACUAGAUCAAGUGGCUGCCCAGUGUACUGCAGCGCAAUCAGCUGGCGGUGGAUCUAGUAUCGAUGAAGAUAAAUUCCAAAAGGCUCGCAACGAAUUAACCGAACAAACAUUAGUAUUAGUAACUGCCUCAAAAUAUUUAGUUGUUGCCAUGUCUGACAUGACACUCUCGUCAUUGCCAGAGCAUCUGACAUCAUGUCUUACUGCCAUAAGGCGCAUAACUGAAUUGGCACAAGAUAUGACACGACAUACAUCGUCUCCCCUUCAAACACGUAAUAUAGUGCUUAAAGUCCACGAUGUCGCCUCAUCAUUUCGAGAAUUGGUUGGUGUUCAAAUGGGACCUUUGGGGGCUGGCCAGUUGGCUUUACAAGCCGAAUGUUUGGCCAAUGUUUUAGCUACACUUUUACGAAGUCUAAGAGUUUUUUCUCCUUGAACUAAUAACCAACCAAAAAAUACUAUUAUCCACAUCCUACAAUAAUAUAUUUUUCAUAUUUUUUCCAUAUACAUAUGUAUACAUAUCAUUAAUUUGUAUAUUUAUUAAAUUAUCUAAACAUAUCGUAAAUAAUUUAUGUAUAUUUAAAAUAUCUACAUAUGUAUGUAUGUGUGUAUACUAGUGUUAGUAUAAACAUAUGUACAUUAGUGUGGCCCAAUUUGUAUGGAGGAAAAAUAAGGUGUUGAUGUUCCCUACUAAAAUGAACGUUUAGUUUUUUUGAGGAGACCAUUUCCGGAUCAAAAGUUAAAAAUUUCCUUUUUUAAGGUUUUUAUCAUUUCUUUUUUUCAUAUUUCUCGCAAAGGAAACAUAUGAAAUAUUGGUAUCAAGUGAAUGGUCUAGACCUACAUGUUCUAUACAAUCACACACAAUAUUGAUAUCAAAAUAAGCGAAAUUUCAUAAGCUCUCCACUGAUAUAUAACAAUUUUAAUUAUUUGUCAUGCUUAUAAUAAAGAUAAUAUAAAGCUUACUAUUUUACGACUUUAUAGAUAUAUUAGAUAAACAUUUUGUGUCUUGAACAUGAAGCUAACAUCAGAUUGGGAAGAAAAUUGGUUCCAAAAAUUUGAACAAGAUUGAAUUUUAAGGUUUAUAACGAUUUCAUUUACACUAAUUAUUUUAAAUAAUUACAUGUAAAAACUUAAAAACACUUAAGAUUUAUGAAAAUGCAUUAAAAACGCUUUUUAAAGAUCACUCACAUGACACCAAUAUUUCAUGUUUCCUUUUUGAGAAAUAUGAAAAAAGAUUUUUGAUAUUGACGCCAGGAUAAACAUUUUGAAAAACGUUAUCUUCGAAUGAAGUUAACUUUUAUUUUAGUUGGGAACAUCUACAACUUUUUUUGUGGGGGCCACCCUAAUACUCAUGCAUGUAUACAUGUGUAGAUACUAACGUACAAUUUAUAUCUUUAAAAUAAUACAUAUAAAUUACAAUUCUAUUAUAAAUUUUCUUUCGUUCCGUUACAGGUUAAAAAGUAAUGUGUCUGAUAAAAUUUAAUUUAUAAUUCAUAUGUAGGUACACUCCUGUUCGUUAUAUCUCCCCCCUUAUCUAUAAGAAUAUAUGUAAAUCUUACUCUAACAUUCAACUAUGUAUUUACCAUAUAAUACCAAAAACAAACAAAAAAAAAAAAAGAAAUAAUCUCCAAUCAUAAAUACUUACUAUAAACAUUCAUUAAUUUAUUAGAAAAUUCUUACGAGAUAACAUACAUAAAUAAAUAGUACAUACAUAUAUGCAAUAUAUAGUACAUACAUACAAAAAAAAACAUACAUAUAAUAUAUUAUUAGCCAUAACAUUAGUUUACCUUUUUAGAUCUACUGAGAUUUAAAUACGAUAUCGAAUACAAUAUUCAAUGAAGAAAUUAAUUGAUUGAACCAAAUUAAAGUCAUGCUAUAUUUGUUAAGGAAUCUCAGAAUUUGAACCAGUAUAUAUAUAUAUAUAUAUAUUGAAUAUACAUACACACAUACUACAUACUUAUUUUUCAUUUACUUAUAGAAAAUUAAAACGAUUUUUAAAUUUUACCUCUUUGUUUUUUGUCAUUGUUUACGUAUACAUACAUAAUAUGUAUGCAUAUACAUUAUGUAUAUUAAAAUUAGCGAUAUUCACGAUCUCGAAUAUUUGAAACAAACUGCUAAAAUAUAUGUAUAUUUUUAGUAAAUUUUAAAACAGUGGAUACUAAAUUUACUAAAUAUUUUAUUAUUAACUUUUUGUUGAUAAUUCCCUACUUUCUUGCUCAGAUUUGCCAUAUCUCAAUGAACAAAACGAUUUUAUUAUUUACAUCACAUGUGCAUAUUUUGUUGCAAAUAUUUCAAAGUUUUAAAGAUUGCAUACAAGCAAUAAAACGGAAAAAAAUAUUCGUGUGGUUAUAUUGUCAUUAUAUUUUUACCUUUCGUAUGUUGUUUGAACAUUUUUAAUUAAAAUUAUUUUUUUGUUUGAAGUUUUUUUUCAAAAAUCUAAACGGUGAGAAUAUACAUAUUAGUAAAAAAAACUAUGUGAAAACAAAAACGACACUCGUAUCAUACGUAGUGGUUACAAAAUCGUUCUAUAAAAAUUUAAUUUUAUUUUGAAAACGGAAUUACUUUUCUAAUCAAUUGUUUACAAACAGAAACAAGGUUUUACAAAUUGUUUUUCGGGUACUCCUUUCAGAUUGUUUUUUUACUCGUCAUCGUGAAUAGCCUAUUUUGUAUUAAAAAUAAAAUAUACAAAUAUUUAAUAUGUAGUUAACUAAUAUGUAAUAAUUUAUUUAUUCAACGGUGUUUACAUACUCCGAUUUGAAAAAAAAAACAAAAUAUAUAUACAUUUAUAUUUGACCAAACCAAAAUCAAAAUUUUAACCUGUGUGUGAUAAUAAGUCAAGUUUAUUAAUAUUUUGUUAAAAUUUAUUUACAACAUCGCUGCAUUAUACAAUACAAAAAUUAUUUUAUAAAAACUUAAA